CCGAGCGAACUGUGGCAGUGGAAAGUGAGGCGCUGCGCUAGCACAACCUAUUGGCCUCGGCUGGUUUUCGUUCGAUCCUAAACAGUAGCAGUGGGGCAAGCCUCCAUGUUCAGAGAGCGUCAGCCGCUGCUGACAGGCCAGCCACUUCGUUUCAUGUAAAUAAACAGAAAAGCUAAUAGACGAUUGUGUGAGAUUUCAAAUAUGACGUUCGUGACUUGUGCUUAUAGCUCAUGGGAUACUAUUCUACGUAACAAAUUGAUUUUGAAUGAAGGAAAAUAAUCGGUGGAAGAUUUUUGCAAUAAUCGAACACGACUUCAGUGGUGGGAUUUGCUGAGAAUUUUUUUUUUAAAUUUUUUACGAUUGUCAGGCCGUUUAACUGAUGAUCAAGCCUGACAUGAUUAUUAUACCUCAACUGGAGGAUACAUUUCAAGAGGUCGCCCAGCGAUGCUAGCCGGAGCCGAUGGGGAGGAGGAGCUGAGCCCGUAUUGGGACCCUGCCGACUCCGGAGCGGAGUGCGACUGCCCCCCUCCACCACCCCCUCGCUUCCUCAUUCCCCCACCGCCCGCGCCCCCCGCCUCUCCCCUGUGCAGGGGCGGUGAGGCGGCGGCCGACCUCCACUUCUGCCAAAUGGAGCCCGUGGGGGCGGAAUUCACACAAACCGCCUUCCCUUCUCUGCCCAUCAUCGCCGUCUGUUCGUCCGUCGUCCUCGUUGCAGUGCUUGUCGCCUCCUUCCUCCUCUGGAAACACAAGAGGAAAGUGCAGAAUUUCUUGCCGUGCAAGACUCACCACCAGGGCCGCUGCGACAUGGGGGGUUCGGCGGGAAUCACCUACGACGAUGUCUUGAUCAAUCAUCAUCCAACGCGCUUGCCAAACCACCUCAACCCCAGCCUUAACCCCGACACCAACACCCUCACCCCUAUAGAGCUACUCGACGUUAAAUAUGGAAACUAUGUGCAGCAGCACGCCGAUUCACUGAACAGGUCUAACUUCACAUUGCCCCCAGGAGCCAACAAUACAGCUCAACAGCAGCAGCAGCAGCAUCAACAACAACAGCAAGCACCAACACAGAGGACCCGGCAACACCGCCCGAACCACUCUCAGAAAAGCCACCAUCGAAGUGGUCACCACAAGAAAGAUCAUCAAUUCCACCCGAUCUAUGAAGAGGUCAGUGCUAAUUCAGACGAUAAUAAAGUUGGACGAAGCUACGAUUCAGAUAUUGAAGAUAGUGAAGUGGAAGGUAGGACAGUUGGCAGCGAGGAUGAAUUUGCUGAGGAUGAACUCAGCGUGGCUGGGGAGUACCCAUUGAACCCCGAAGAAAGCCAGCCUUGUUCAGCUACAAGCAGUCUUCAAGGCUCCACCGGCGGAGACCUGUACCCUGACGUGGUUACUGGAUCUAGCGAGAGAUUCUGUAGUGAUGGCAGCCCUUCAGAAGCCCGAACUUUAAAAGGUAACUUUCGAAGCAUGGAUUUAGGAUCCGGACAUAAUAAACUUACACAUUCCCUUGAGAGAAACAAAGACGGACAUCCGAGCAAUAGUUUUCAAGCGAAACAGAACUACUACCUCAACAAAAGCAUGUUGGGGCCGGACUUUACUUAUCCGGAGGGUGCAAUGGAUGGCAGCUCUGGUGUGUCACCCUCUGGUGAUAUGGUUCAACAAACGGAUCAGUCCCAGUAUCCGCCUUCUAGGGUAAUGGGGUCCUCUCUUAAUUUUAUCCCCGCCUUGUUGCAACAACAACAGCAACAAAGAGGCGGACCCAUGCCUUCUAGGUCAGCUUCUAAUUCCCCUCCACCACCACCGUAUGUUUCAUCGUCUACUAAUCCUAGACCAGGACAGGGAUCCUCUAAUAGUGGAAUAAUCUCUGCGCUGUAUAACCCUCAGAUUGUGUCACCAGGUGGCCAACAAGGAAGCCGAAUACCUGACGCCUUGCUGAGGGAACUGACUUUCAAAAUGCCUUCUGCCAAUUGUGGAGGAGGUACUCUACCGGCCGUUGCACCCAUGAGCUCGAGGUCACUCCCAGUGCCACCAUCUUGCAGAGCUGGUGGGAGUGGCGUCCUUUUUACAGUCGAGAAUCCUUACCCUGUUCAACAGGCGCCACCACCGUCAUUGUCUAGGACGCGAUCGGGCUCUGCCACCGAGUUCACGUCUAAUGUAGGUCGGGGUGGUUACCAUCAGUAUCCUCAUCAUGCAGUUGGGGGUGGCCGGCCACCAACUCCGCCUCCCCCUGAAAAUAUAUACGCUUCCAUCGAUGAUGUGGGACCUUUCACGAUCGAUGGUGGUCGACAUCGGAGCCCCUUUGUGCCCGGUCGAAAGGGAUCUGCAGAUCAGAGGAAUACUUUUGGUCGGUCCGUAGGAGGUAGUGGGCGGACAAACAAGUCCGCCGGUGACAAGUUCCAAGCGAAUAACGUCCCCAACCGACAUCCAAACCCUGAGGGUGGAUCGUACGGUGAUAUUAGGCCUAUCUAUGACUCCAGGACUGCGUGUUCGUGAAACUUGACGCAUUGGAGGCUUUUGUAGUCAAAAUGGACUCAUGAUUUCAAAGAAUUGACUGCAGGUGGUGAUGUUACUCCUCCUGCCAGAAUAUCGUUGGUGUCAUCAUCGCAAAUACUUAACCGUCGGUACCGAAUUAACUUUAUAAUGCUUCUUCAAUGAAGCAAACCCUGUCCAUUUAUUUUAAAGGCAAUAAUAAUUAAGGUUUUCAGAAACAUUGGAAAUAAAUUACUAAGACCUUCAAUAUUUUUAUCCCCCCCAUCCAUGUUUUUACUAAUUAUCUAGUCGUGCUGCAGGUUUUAGAGUGGAAUCCGUGUUUAUGUUGUUCAUCAGUAUACUACAAUAAAUAAAUGUGUUUCAAAUCUACAUGAUGUUUGUGGACAUAUGGUGUAGUUUGUAGUCUGUUUAUCUGCCUUUCGCUUUGUAUAUUUCUAGCUGUAUGAUUGUGUGGGUUAAGAUAUCAUGUUAAGUGACUUUAAACUAAAACAAUGAAACAAUUUACUAUGCAAAAUAUAAUUGUGGAAAUGUCCUCAAUAUUUUUUAAAUAAUCGGAUAUUAAAGUCUGAAAAUAUAGUUUAAUCGUGAAGUUAAUUAAAUUUUAAUAGUAUAUUUUUUAUGCUUUGCAAGCUGGAUAUUUACUGAUUUAAAAAAACACACACAAAGUAAAUCUUAAAAAUAUUUUUGAGCGCUGAAUUUCAUUAAAUAAGAAAUAAGAACAAUAUCGUAAGUUCAGUGGCAUAAGUAAAUGAUCUUGAAUUCCUAUUUAAAUAUGCAACUCGGAGCAGAUACGGGUUUUAUUGUUAGUGUCUUUUAUGAACUUAGAUUAUAUUUAUUAAUCUGUAAUUAGAAUCUAGUACGCGUGUAUUAGAAAUAAAAAUUUGUUCUAGUCUAAUAGUCAUAAAAUUAUAACCUUCCUGCGCAGCUUUUAAGUUACAUGAACAAAAUUUGUUGGCGAUAAUAUAUCAGAACUUAACGUUCAUUGUAAAGCUACGUAGUAACCAGCCAAAGCAGAGUUUCGCCAAUUUUAAUAUAUAUAAAUUUUUGUUUGCUUUAUUAUUUUGUUAAUAAAGGAAUCUACAUAGGAAUAUUAAAUAUUUUUUUGGUUAUUGUCUGCAGAGUCGUAAGUUCAAAUGCAGCAACUUUAUCGUUAUAUGUCGUUAACUUUUCAUGUUAAAAAUAAAUAAUCAAACACCACAUGCUAUGCAAUUCUUGUUUAAUGAUUAAGCAACGAAAUAUCAAUAAUUAAUGUCUUAUACGUAUGCUGUUAUCUGUAUCUGAUGUUUGUAAAAACAGUAUAUAUUUUCGUAUGUUGCUGUUCGUGCUGUGAAAGAAAUGAGAAAUAAUGUUUGAUGUUGUUGUUCAACCAUUCUGCUCUUACGUGCAGCAAAAUUCGAACUAAUUUUGUUUCUUUACUGGUAGGUAUAUUGCCCUAACAUUAUGUCAUAUAUUAUUGUUUUUUACUACGAGGUUUGGUAUUUGCGAUGAAAUUAUAAGUGCUGGACCAGCCAAAGGAGGUCAACCUCCAAAAUAAUUUAGUGAACUUGAAACAAAUUUCUUGUAAAAAGAACUAUAUCAUAUGGACGGAAAAAAAAUGACAUUUUAAACUGUUAUAAUUUAUAUUUUGUUGAGUUUUCCAAACUUUUUUUUUUCAAUUAUUCUUUUGUAUAUAUUUGUUAAAUAAUUGAUUUACCCAAUGAAAUGUUAUGUAACAGUUAUUUUGAAGGAAAAAAAAUAACUAAUUUAUACUAAUUGUCAGAUGCAUACCUUAAUUCGUUUGCUAUUGCUGUGAAGUUUUGACUUUUGAUUUAUUCAUUAAUAUCAAAGAAUUAGAAAUAAAUU